UCUAUCCUCGCACGUCUAUCGUUUCCAAUUGGCAUCCAACUAACUGAAGAAUAAAGUAAAUAAUGGAUAUAGCCGAUCCGCCUCCGAGUAAACGAGCCCGGAAAUCGCCCAACUUGGAGGAAGACAUCACUGGGAUCCGCGCCAUCCUGUCCGAUGAGUUCGACGAGGACAUAGCACUGAUCAAGGCGCACAGCUGCCAGCUGGAGACGAAGCAGCAGCUCCAGGCGGUCAUCCAGGAGCUCUCCCAGAAGCUGCCUCACUUCCAGCACCUGAAGCGCGUCCACGACCGCAGCGUGCUCAUCUGCCCCAGCUCGGAGAUCGGGGCAUCCCUGAAGCAGCACCUCGAACAGUUCUCCUUCUCGGAGCACGUGCUCCGAGCCCUGUGCCAGGGAGUCCGGGUGGUGGAGGUGCCGGAACGGAUGCCCCGGCUGCGGGUACAGUACGAGAAGACCCUCAAGCACUGGCCCUGCAAGUUUCACCCCAAUCACUACUCCGAAUCCCUCCGGAAUGGCAGCAACUUCAGCUCCGCUCAGCGCAUCUUCCACAAGAGGAUGGCCCAAUUGCUGGUGAGACUCUCCCGGGAUGUGAAUGGCAACCGGCCUGUCGGAAUCUGCGUGGAUCCACGACAAUCGAAUAUUGUGUCCAUCGCUGGAGCCAUAGAAUCCCCCAGCCCACACGAACAUAGCAGCAUGCUGCUGGUGGAUUUCGUUGCCCGAAGUCAAGAAGGCGGAGCCACAAGGGUGGAGUUCCCAUUCACUGAGGAUUCCAAGGAGGUGGAAACCACUCUGCGGGGCAUUCCCAAAGCCUACUACGAUUACCUGAUGAAAGAUGAAGAGUACAAAGACCUGACAUUCGGAGCGGAGAGGUCGAGGAAUUGUAAGGAAGUUAACGCCGAUCAGGGAGCGGAUAACCUGGCCAAAUUCGGACCCUAUCUGUGCACCGGCUACGAUGUCUAUCUGCUGCAGGAACCCUGCCUCAUGUGCUCCAUGGCCCUAGUUCACAGCAGGGCGAAAAGAGUGUUCUUCCUACGAAACUCUGACAACGGAGCUCUGGCCACGCGAUUCCAGCUCCAUUCGGUGCGGGAACUCAACCAUCACUACGAGGUGUUUCAAUUCACCACCAAGGAAGACAAAGAACUGACGUAACGUUUAACAGACCUUGGUUUAAUAAAGGAUUUAUAGGAUAUCUUCGAUUUUUUGCGUUGCUCUGGCCGUCGACUGGCGGGUGGGCGUGGACAGGAGGCCCAGCAGCUGGCAAUCGGCCUCCAAGAUGGUAAUGUCCUUGGACGAGCCCAGGAAUUUGGUGGACAGCUCCAGGUCCUUGAUGCGCAGACGAACGCGGGCCCCUCGGACAUAGUCACUAGGGAGGGAGGUGGGUUAGAUGCAUGUAGGAAAUGGAAAUGAAAUCCCUUGUAAUCACCUAGCAUUCCGUGUUGGACGACUGCAGACACAGUGGAACUUCCAGCCAAAGUCUAUGUACAGGUCAUCGCCCACCACAUGGAAGAUCUUGCCGCUCACCACCUUGCCUUCCGCGUUGCCCAGCUGCUCCAGAGAUCAAAGGGUUAUUACAUAAACAAGGGGAUUACUGGUAUGGAACUCACAUCUAUUAACUUGGAGUUGCGGAGCAGGGAGGCGAAAGUCUGGUUGUCCUCCGGCAGUUGGGCAGGCGUAGCCGGAGCCGUGUACUUGUCAAAGGCACGGGCAAAUCCUCCCUUGUUGCUACCGAUCUCCGCCGGAUUCUCCACGGGAGCAGCUCCCUCCGCCGGUUUUUCCGUUUCGCCGCUGAUCAGUCUCAUGGCCACUGGCAGCCGGCGGUGGCAGGUUAAGGAGCCCAUCUGAAGACCGGAUCUACUUAGUUUUUGCAGCAGCGACAUGGUUUUUAUUUAAUAUUUUCUAAUAAAUAUCCACAAGAUCCAGGCCAAUUGGAAAAA